UUGUCUUGUCAUGUUUUCACACCCAUAACCUGUUCCUGUGCCCAUAACUUCCAUUAUGCCCUUUCUAAUAAUCACAUAACCUAAAAAGUGGUCAACGUUGGUUAUUUACCAAUUAAAAUACUACUACUUAAUUUAAUAAAAUCUUUUCAAAACCGGUUCUGAAUAAAAAUCAUCUUCGUGUUUGUUCAGCAACAAAUAAAUAUGGACGAAGAUGAAUUUGGAAAGGAUGACAAAUUUGUUAACAUUUACGGUCGAGAAAUUCCUGCAGUUAUUGUAGGAAAGCAGAAGGAAAUUGCACUCUCUUUAACAGAACUGAAACAAACUGGUGUUGCUAUUUACCAAAAAAGUCAAUAUGAAAAACUUUCAAAAAUUGACGAACCGUUUGACAGCAAUUUUGUUGACUAUAUGUUAGAAUCAGCAAAAGCGUACAUGUUGAAUAAUAAAGUAUCAUUCUCUCAGGAUCAGAUUAUGAGAAGCAUUGAGAAUUGUAAAAGCAUUUUAAUAGGCAAUAAGUCGCCUGUUUCUCGCAAGCAACCAACUUUUUUGAAACACAGAUCUGUAGCUAAACGAGGUGAUGAUGAAAUUUUUAUUCAACUAGCUAACACAUCUACCCAGGCCCAGUCUUCAAAUCCCAAACAGAAAAUGCCAGACUUUAAAAAUAUCAAUCCUAAAUUACACGUAUCUCCUAAAAUUAGUCCUGAAUUAAUAAAACCAACUAAACAAAUUGCACUCAAUGGUAGAGACAUUAGAGAAAGUGAAGUAGGCAAGUCGUUUGAAGAUGAAGCAAAAAAACUGAAAAAUGGUAUUGAUAAAACACAAGAUGAAACAAAGAAACUAAAGAAUGGUUCUGACAAAACACACGAUGCUCCUAAACGAUUUUCAUAUAAUACAGGUCAAAGGGAAUGCACUGUUUUUGUGACCCAAAUUGACAAGCGGAACUGCGUUUGGGUGCGGGAUAAGGCUAACGAUGAAAUUCUUGAGUCAAUCCACGCUAAAAUAAAUGAAGAGGUAAAGUACCAAAAGGUGGCGUCAAAGCCGUGGAAAAAAGAAAAAGUGUACAUGGCUGAGGAUGAGGGUUGUUGGUUUAGAUGUAAAAUCGUCAGGAUGUCUCCAUUGACUGUUUUCUUUCUGGAUUAUGGAAACAUUGCAGAGGUGGACGAAAUUAUGGAAGUUUCAGAAGAUUUAGCAAAAAUUCCUUGCUUGGCAGUACGCAUUACAUUUAAAGAAGCGGAAUAUAUGCCAGUUCUAGAAGACGAAAUACGAAUAAAUUUUUUUUACCACAACAGUGAUGGAACUUACUUUGUCAAUGUUUUAAAUUCAUUAAAAGCAACAACUGAUCGCAAUGAUCAAACUAGACAUUCUCUCGUUGCAAAUGAAGUGAAAAAAGACGUUAAGGAACCUUCAAAAAUCUGUAAGUCCGAUCAAAAAAUUAAUGAAGUUUUCUUCAAAAAGCCUCCACUUUUCUGUGAAAUCAGUGAAGGACAACUGGUUGCAAUCGUGCAAGUGAACGAAGAAAUUUUUUAUUUAAGAACUAAAGAAUGUUUUACUAAGUUAAAAGAUGUAGAAGCAAAGAUAGAAGAGUAUUCUAAAAAUGCUAAAAGCGUUGUAAAUGUUAAGCUCAAUCAAGUUGUGUUGCAUUAUAAUAACAAAACUAAUAAAUUUAAUCGAGUUGUAGUAUUAAAAGUUAGUAACGAUGUUGUUGAGGUUGAAGCUUUAGAUUAUCCAGAACGAUUUACAACAGAUUUGAAAAAUCUAAAACUGAUCAACGAACAACUGAGCAAAGAGCCUAUCACUUGUUUUCCUGCAGGACGCUUAACAGGAUUUGAAAACAAACAACUCGGUGAUAACUGCAAAGAAAUCAUAACUAAACACAUCAAGACAAGAACAAAAUUUCGGGUGGUGUUAGGUUUUGAUGACGAAUUUGAUUUAUUUGACGGCAGUCAACUGCUUUCAGAUCAGUUAUUAACAGGACCAGAAGGUUCCAAGAAAAUUUAUCUUAAAGACGUAACACUAUAUAAACCUGAAAUUGGGGUCAAUUCGUAUCUAUGUGGUUAUUACAAAAGCAGCGACAAUUUUGCGAUUGUACCAAGCAAGGAAUUGCAAGAACACAUUGACUACGUUUUGAGAUCUGAAAUCGAAGAUAGUGUUCCGUACAUUGCUGUUGAGAACGAAGUAUGCUUGUGUUAUUUUGUUGAUCAGUGGUACAGAUGUGCUGUUAUAAGGAUAUUUGAUAAGGAAUGUGAAGUUAUGCUACUCGAUUUUGGUAAUGUUGAACUAAUAAGAAAAGAAAAUUUGAGGAAACCUGACGAUCACAUUAUGAAAGUGCCAGCUUUAGCUUUACCAUGUAAACUAAUUGGUCUGCCAAGUCAUCAAAAUAUUGAAGCAGCUUUAAAAAAAAUUGUUCUUGAGGGAGAACUCUACAACGUUGAUGUUAAAAAAAUUACGGAGGGGAAAUGCCACGUGAAACUACCUGAAGUAUAUGCAGCUUUGAAAGACUAGUUUUAAUUUAGUAGAGCUUGUUCCAAAUCUGGUGGCGAAUUGACGUUAUCAAAAAUGACUGAAUUUUGACACUAAACAUAUAUUUACUAUUAAAACAAAUAUUGUUCAUAGACGUCGUAUGAAAUAAUAUUUCAAAACCACUGUUAUUCUUUAAAAAAUUAUAAUAAGUAGCUACUCAUACAUAAGAUGAAGAAUGAUGAACAAAUUAUUAAAUUGUUAAUGCAUAAAAAGAAUUUUUAAGAAUGAUGUUCCUAAUAAUUCGUGUCUUCAAAAUUUUUAAAGAAAAAAAAAGUACGCCCAUGCAUUUUUUUUUAUCUUAACCAAGUGGGCGCACACCAAGUGUCUUUUCCGUCACUGUCAGUUCGCCAUCAGAUAUGGAAUAAGUGCUUGUAUACUGUUUUUUUUUUAUUAACUGAAAAAUUCACAAUUCUUUAAAAAUUGUGUUUUUAAUUUGAUUUUUUUUAUUACAAUUUUUAUUAUGUAUUUUUGCAGCUAAAAUCGAAUAAAAGUACUAGAAUAACUUUUCA